AUGAUUGCUGUAGUUUAUGUUACAAUUGGUAUAGUAUUUAUAUACUUUUUAUUCUCUUUGUUUAAAGCCGAAUCAAAAGAUUCAGUGAAUUCCAAUGCUAAUUUAGUAAAAACACCUGAAGAAAUAACAACACCUAUAUAUCGUCCAUUUAAAGAUGGUCCAUUUCAAAUGACAAUGGGUAUUAAAUCAUUGAAUAUAAAUGAAUGGAUCCAAAUCGAUCGAAAUUAUCGUCAACAAAUUAAACUUAAACAAAAAUUAUUGAAUAGUAAUAAAAGAGGAAAUUUAUUUCUGUGUAAAGAUGAAGCUUAUACUGCUGCAAUGGAAACAUUAACAAUGUUAAUUGAAUACCUUCCUUAUCAAUAUCCUAAUAUGUUUCAAAGAAAUAAUUCGAAAACAAAAAUAACUAAUCUUAUUACUGGACAAACAUUUAAUUUAACAGAAGAUAAUCAUAUGCAUCCAUUAGAAAUAGCAGCACUUCUCAUUCAAGAAGAUCUUGUUAUUAUGCAACGACAUUCCAAUGAACAAAUAUAUCAUGCAAAUGCAUUAGCUGUUUGUUUUCCAUCUGCAUGGUUACCAAAAUCAAAAUUUGGUUUAUCAUUAGCAGCAGUUCAUAUGCCACAUGUACCAUUUUUUCAAGAGAAAUUACAAACAUCAAUGGAAAAAUAUUUCCUUAAACUUAAAGAAGAAAAUCCUGUAGAACGUUGUAAUUGGACUUUACAAAUUGGUAAUAAUCUUUGUGAGACAUCAUCAUCAAUGGAAGAAAAUGAUUCUGAAAUGAUUACAAAAAAUAAUGCCGGUCAAUUAAUGUAUCUUCGUACGGAACGACAAACAUUAAGACGUUUACCAAAAUCAAAUACAAUUCUAUUUACAAUUAAAACAUAUAUGACAAAAAUUGAAGAUGUUUGUAAAAAUGAUUCAGAUAUGGCGAAACGUUUAGCUGGUGCUCUAAGAAAUUGGCCACCUGAAAUGGUUCAAUACAAAGAUGCUGAUCGAUAUAAAAAUGGUCUUCUUGCGUAUCUGGAUAUGAUGUCUUCAUAA